AUGGAUGACUACGUGUGCGUGGAGACGACGCAGCAAACACCACCUGAAGAGGUGUGCUGGCCAGACCUGCUUCCGGACGAGGCCAUGUUUGCCAUCUUUUCCCACUUGCACCCACGUUACUCAAACCGCCUCCGCUUGGUGUGUUCAAACUGGCAGCGCCUUGCUGAUGAUAACCUCCUUUGGAAAGAGUGGAGCCAGCAGAGAUGGGACUAUAUACAUCCCGUGCAGGAGCGAGCAGGGGCAUGGAAGACGUACUAUCGCGAACGCAGCUGCUUGUACCAGCUUCUGAUCUUGGUCUACAACCGCACUCACAUUGUACGCGUGUCACGCUACGACACGGUAGACGAUAUCAUGGUCAUUCUGGAGGCUGAGCUAGGCACCCUGUACAUGGACAUGAUGGGCAAGAGCCUCUCGCUAGGCGUCCCCCUGGGCGACUUUGGCAUCAGGAACGGAACGCGGCUCCAUCUCAAGGCCAGACUGAACGCACCUCCCGCACCACCAACCAUUCCUGUACCUGCACCCGCACCUGUGCCAGUGCCGGUGGUACUGGCGCCAGUACCAACACCACCCGCCGGCCAAGCGUUGCUCCCUCUGGGACCUCGGGGCAGGAAGGCGAAGAGGAAGCUCAGCCACACUUAA